AAAAUUCGAUCUGAGAAUUUUACAGACAAAUAAUCGAAGGAUUGUUCAUCCUGGAAGAGAGUACAUUAUUUGAAAGAAAUAAUGAAACUGAUGUGUUUAAAAAUUGACAAAUUUUUGGUUAUUUUUAUUCUUUUGAUAGCGAAAAUGUUUUUAGUGAUUCUUUGCACGGUUCUUGAUACAAAACACUUGAGUCCUUUUUACCCUUUUCUUGUUACCUCGGUUGCAAACUAGAUUGUUGUUAUCGAACUAUCCCUAACAUAUCGAAGGUGCGAUGUUUUCACACUUGAAACACUUAAAAUUGGUCUGAAUGAAAUAUUGAUGGAAUAUACAAAAUAAUGAAAAAUUUAGCUGUUAUUCUUUUAAUAGUCCUCGGUUUAAACAGUAUCAAUAAAACAAGAAGCAGUAACAUACAUUCUCGCAUGCAGUACUUUUGCGGUACCAGACUUGUUGUCGCCCUCAGUUUGAUUUGUGAAACCUACAACAAUCCAUCAGAAGUUGAAGAGGAUUAUUCCCAACGAAAUGGAAUAAUCGAAACUUGCUGUCAAAGACCUUGUUCAAGGAGUGUUCUUGCCAGUUAUUGUGGAUCUUUGAAAGCACUGCUUUUUGAACCCUUCUAUAUGAUUUCGAAAACCUUCGAGUUCUAAAAAAAUCAAACCUUCAGAACAGAAAAUCUUUUUUCUCAGGGACACGAAACAUGAUGAUAAUCAUAGAAAAUCAAGUAAGGGCGUAAAAAAGAAGAAAAACCCAAAAGGAAAAAAAUCAAAAAAAUAUACCAAAAUGAAAAAGAACAAGUGCAACAAGAUCAAGGACAAGAAAAGAAGGAAAAGUUGUCGUCGCAAACAAUCAAGAAAAUAGAAAUUAAUUUCCCAAGAAAUACAUUAACUCUAUAUUGACAUUUUUGUAUCAAUCUUCAAUAAAUCGGCUUUUUGGAA